AUAAAUUUCAAUCCUGUCAACUGAAAAUAUCAAAUCACAAAAAUCAGAAAACAUUUUAAAUUACGUUGAUUUUAAAAGAACUUUAAUUUAUUUAACAAAAUAAAAACAUGGAAAAAUAAAAAAGCAUUUAAAAACUUAAUUAGCUUUCCAAAAAAAAACUUGUCAUCAAAUUUAGUGAUUGUUGUUGAUCCAUGUCAAGAAGCUUGUGACACGAGCAAAUCCAUUGGGGAAUGUUCCAGCACAUCCAGCAGAGGCACCGAAUGAAACAACUCCGAUUUGGAUUGGACGAGUGUCUCCAGCACGUGGAACGGUGAGUGGACCGCCUGAAUCUCCAUUGCAUGAUCCUUGUCCAUGGGUUGUGCUGAUACAGAUGACUGAGGCAACAAUGACUGAUGAUCCAAAGACUGAUGAACAGGCAGCGUUGGUGAUGACUGGAGCUGUUGCAACACGAAGAACGGCUGAUGUAGCUCCGGUAUUUGUGACACGUCCCCAUCCAGAGACUGUGGCGGUUUCACCGACGAACAAUUCACUUGCGAAUGCAGUUGGGAGACGUGUUGUCACAUCAGCCAACUACAGAAUCCAUGCCAACUACAACCCAAGCAACUUGAACAAUGAUAUCGCAAUCUUGCUCGUUCCAACAGCAUGGACACACAACGCAAAUGUUCAACCAACACGUCUCCCAACUGCAUUCGCAAGUGAAUUGUUCGUCGGUGAAACCGCCACAGUCUCUGGAUGGGGACGUGUCACAAAUACCGGAGCUACAUCAGCCGUUCUCCGUGUUGCAACAGCUCCAGUCAUCACCAACGCUGCCUGUUCAUCAGUCUUCGGAUCAUCAGUCAUUGUUGCCUCAGUCAUCUGUAUCAGCACAACCCACGGACAAGGAUCAUGCAAUGGAGAUUCAGGCGGUCCACUCACCGUUCCACGUGCCGGAGACACUCGUCCAAUCCAAAUCGGAGUUGUUUCAUUCGGUGCUGCUGCUGGAUGUGUUGGAACAUUCCCCAAUGGAUUUGCUCGUGUCACAAGCUUCUUGACAUGGAUCAACAACAACCAUUAAAUUUCUUUUAUUUAAUUGGCAAUUUGUUAAAAGCUGUAUUAAGACCGUAUAAUCCUCCGAUCUUCAGAGGUCUUGAACUGAGCUUAUUGAUUUUCUUAAUUAAUAAGCGACGUUUCAGAUUUUUGAAGUUUAGGGAAAAAUUGAUAAAUGGCUUCCACAAAUAAAUUAAUAAUUUUUCAAGAAUUAAAUCGUU